AUGUCUAUCCGAGCCCUCAACCAGAACUCCCCCUCCUUGAACUUUGCCGCCAACGCGGAGGGACAGGGUCCAUGUUGCCCUUUCUUCCGUCCUCACGGAGGCGAGUAUCCUUACUCCAACAAAUGGUAUCUUCAGUCUGGCAGCGAUCAACCCGGCCACCCAGGCCAUCCUUACUUGUCUCCGUGGGCCGAAACCGGCGACAAAGACCAGGACAAUGAAGCCAACGACAACAGCUGGGAUACCACCAACCCUCGCAAGCCAUACCAAUGCCCAGGGCCCGCGGAAGUUUAUCCUCCGCACAACUUUCCUAGCGCCUCUGAAGGCCGCAAGCCUUGCCCUUUCCCGGGCUACCCUCAACAGCCGUACACCUACCCAGUUCUCUUCCAUGGUAUCAGUCACAUGCCCAUCCCGGCCCUGCGGAGUGUCAAAAGCCAUAUCCUUCCCUCUGGAAUGACGAGAAAUCCCAGCCCUAUGCUCGCAAGCCGUUGGGGUUCUUGUUAUUGA